AGCGAUUUAAACACACUCGCUCUCGCGUAGGCAAAGGAGCAGCCGGAAGGAGGAAUACUCUUCCAGUGAUGCGGGCCACUGCCACUGCAUCGACGCCGUGUGAGGCAAAGUUAUGCGUUCCCAGUAGCGGGCGGAGAGCCUAUUGCUGCAACAGCAGGGCGAGAACUACUGCAGUGUCCUAGGAAGCGCUGCAGGAGGUGAGGAGCUGGCUGGUCUGUAGAGGGCCAGUUCUUUUUGGGACGGAGACAGCAGCGGUUUCCGCUGAGAGAAAGAAGGGAUUGCAAGACAAACAGCACUUUUUCCGAUUGCAGAGUACGCUCUGAGACUCAUAUUCAAAGAAAGGCAGCUUUUUUACUCCGCUAUUAUUAUUUUGAUGGCAUUCAAAGUCAGAGGGGAAAUAUUACUGUUGAUUCACAACUACAGUGCUCCAAAGAUGCUGACCAUUCCUGUCACCCUCAGCUGAUACAGCUUCAUGGAAAGUAAUAGGACUUGUACUCUAAUUCAUCUGAAAGGUCUCUGCUCCAUUAUGAUAAAGAAGACUGAGAAUGCAUCCCUCUUCCUUAGUGUUUACCACCUACCUACUUGCUAGGACCUGGGUCCAGAAUGAACAUAGCAGCAGUAUUUAACGCCUUGCUAGUGUGUGUCCUUGCUGCUGUGCUGUGGAAGUAUAUCAAGCUGCAUGAUCAUGUCUUUGUGCUGGAAGAGGAGUUAGUCCUCAUGCGUCAGUCCCAGGAAAUCUCUCAGGUCAGCAUUGACUAUCAUGUCGCACUUCAAGCUCUGGUAGAAGAUGGCACCAAAAUGGUGUGUACUGGCAGGAUGCACACUGACCGUAUAUGCCGUUUUGAGUCUCUCUGUUAUUCUACCGAAGCUGAGGAAUUUGUCUUCUUCCAUAGCAGUUCUUCUGUUAUGCUUCCAAACUUGGGCUCCAGAAGAUUUCAGCCUGCCCUACUUGAUCUCUCCUCAGUGGAGGACCAUAAUACCCAGUAUUUCAAUUUUGUAGAACUACCAGCUGCAGCUCUGAAAUUUAUGCCAAAGCCUGUUUUUGUUCCUGAUGUAGCACUGAUUAUGAAUAGGUUUAAUCCAGAUAAUUUGAUGCAUGUUUUCCAUGAUGAUCUCCUUCCAAUUUUCUAUACAAUGCAGCAGUUUCCAGAUUUGGAUUUGGAGACCAGAUUGUUCUUCAUGGAAGGCUGGGGUGAAGGACUACACUUUGAGCUAUACAAAUUGCUUAGCAGCAAGCAACCACUCCUAAGAGAGCAGCUUAAAACACUUGGGCGGCUCCUGUGUUUCACCAAAUCAUACGUGGGUCUGUCUAAAAUCACAACCUGGUAUCAAUAUGGUUUUGUUCAGCCCCAGGGGCCGAAAGCCAACAUCUUGGUCUCUGGCAAUGAGAUCCGACAGUUCAAAACAUUCAUGAUGAAGAGGCUAAAUGUGAGCUUGGAAGGAAUACCUGGUGAGGAAUAUAUAAUAGUAUUCAGCCGAACCAUCAAUAGACUAAUCCUAAAUGAGGCAGAGCUAAUUUUGGCACUUGCCCAAGAAUUUCAGAUGAAAACCAUUACUGUUUCCAUAGAAGACCAUACAUUUUCAGAAAUAGUACGCUUGAUUAGCAAUGCAUCCAUGCUUGUCAGCAUGCAUGGAGCUCAACUUGUGAUGUCUCUCUUUCUGCCAAGAGGAGCCACUGUUGUGGAACUCUUCCCUUUUGCUAUAAAUCCUGAACAUUACACCCCUUACAAGACAUUAUCUACCCUUCCUGGCAUGGAUCUUCAGUAUAUUUCAUGGCAAAACACUGAAAAGGGGAAUACUGUGACUUAUCCAGACAGACCCUGGGAUCAAGGAGGAAUUGCCCACUUAGACAAAGCAGAACAAGAUCGCAUUAUUAAGAGCAAUGAGGUUUCCCGGCACCUGUGUUGCAGCAACCCGGAAUGGCUUUUCCGUAUCUAUCAGGACACCAAAAUUAAUAUUGCUUCCCUUAUCCAGAUCAUCAGGCAAACGGUGAAAACCAAACCAGGGCCUAAGAAGCAAAAGUGGACUAGUGGCCUCUAUCCAGGCAAAGUUAGAGAUGCUAAAUGCCAAGCCUCUAUCCAGGGUACCAGUGAAGCUAAGCUCUCUGUAUCUUGGCAGAUCCCUUGGAACCUGAAAUACUUGAAGGUCAGAGAAGUAAAAUACGAAGUUUGGAUUCAGGAGCAAGGAGAAAAUACAUACAUGCCUUACAUUUUGUCCCACCAAAACCAUACAUUUUCAGACAACAUUAAGCCGUUCACAAACUAUCUAGUGUGGAUCCGAUGCAUUUUCAACAAAAAUCUCCUUGGGCCCUUUGCAGAUAUGUUAGUUUGCAGCACAUAAUUGUUCUUUAGCUACUAGCUUCAAAGACGGCAAACCCAAUCUUGGUCUCCUGUUGUUUAAGAAGGUGGAUAAGAACUUGCAGACCAUGGUAGUGCCUACGUGCUACUUUAUUGCAUUCUGAAUGCCUUCUCUGUUCUGUGUAACAUUACAUCCAGUUAGUAGAUAAACUCUCUUAGUUAUUUAAAGAGGCAACAGGCAUGAGGCUACAAAAUUGGAGUGGAAUAAUUGUUUUGUCUUAUUGUUCUAGGAACUUUUCUGUCUCUCUUUUGUGUGGUAAAUCUUUUAAAUCUAGCUUUAUACUGGAAUUUAGUUAUGUUACUGAAUGUACAGUUUUAAAUUUAUUUUUGUUUGUUUCCUCAAAGGUCUGUAUUCCAGAGUAGAAAUUUGGUGCCAGAAUAUUUAUUAAAUUGUUGAAAACCUA